GGGCAGUAUAUAAACCCUCGAGGAGCAGGGAGGCAGCACACAACUCCCACUGUACGAACACGCUCACCAAGACACCCCAACGGAGCCAUGGUGAUGUUCUCUCUCCUGAUACUAGCUGGUCUGGUGGCCACGUCCCUCUCAAGCCCAUUCCCUGCUGUCCGUGAAUACCCUCGCCUCGAGUGUCCCGAGGGAUGGGCGCUCAUAGACCGGACUUGCUUCCUGUUGGCUGAUGAAGCCGGGACUUGGGAUGAGGGCCAGUCCUUCUGCAACCAACGGAGCGCCUCCCUGGCCACCAUCUCGAGCCAAACACAGCAGGUCGCCAUAACUGCCAUGCUGAGCCAGAGUGUGGAUCGGCCUCAAUGACCUGAAGGAGGACCAUAGUUGCAGCUGGG